GGGUUAAGAUCGUUUUGUUUUCCUCUCUACAUUUACACACUGCGCGCCUGCCUCAUGGAUUUUGCCAAGAAGAUUCUCGGAAAAUAUGGUUGGAAAGAGGGCGAGGGGCUGGGCAAGAACAGCACUGGCAUUGCGGCUCCAUUGAAAGCCAGCCUUAAGUUCGACAACGCCGGCUUGGGCGUGGAUCGAGCAAAAGAAUUCAACGACCACUGGUGGGAGAGGUGUUUCAAUGAAGCAGCCAACAAUGUGGAUGUUCAGGUGCAGCAGAACGGCCAGGUCAGCACGGGUCGCAAGCACGGCGAGGAGGCGGUCGAGAUCUCCACCAAGGGAUUCUCUGCCCGCAAGCUGAGGAAAGCCAAGGAGCAGCAGGCCAUCGCUGGUGCGGCCACCUACGACAACUUUCUGCAGACAGCGCUGCUCACCCAAGACGGUGGAGAGGUGGACAAUACGGAACGCAUCAAGGUGGAGGACAUAGCCGUCUCCAAAGUCACUGUCCUCACGGACGAGGAGCUUUUCAAGGCCUGCGGCGGACGAACGGCGCACAAGGGCGCUCGCCAUGGCCUGAAAUUGAGUGGGAAACUGGCGCGGAUAGAGCAGCAGGAGCGUGAGAUGUUGGAGAUGCUGCAGAGCAAGCAAAAGUCUCGCUUAGAUGAGGAACCAACCAAGAAAAAGAAGAAAAGGGCCAAAGCAGAGAAGGACCAGGACUUGCAGGUAGAAGCUGAAGAGGAGUCUGUGGAGGAGCCUGUAAAGUCAAAGAAAAAGAAGCGCAAGACCGAGGAAGCCGAUGAAGAAGCUGAAGCACCAGUCAAGAGCAAAAGUAAGAAAAAGAAGCACAGGCAGAAGGAGGAUCAGGAAUAGGUUAAGAGAUGUUUCAUUCGAUUGGAACUCGUUUCAUAGUCUGUUUAGUGCACAUAAAUUGUAUGUAUUUAGUUAUAAUAAAUCUAUACACGAUC